AUGAGCCAACAGAAUCUAACAUCAUUGACUGAAUUCAUUCUGAUGGGAAUCACAAGGCAGCCUGAGCUAGAGAUUCCACUUUUGGGGGUCUUCCUCGUCAUCUACACAAUCACAGUGGUGGGUAAUCUGGGCAUGAUCAUCUUGACCCAGGUGGACUCCCGCCUACACACACCUUUGUAUUUUUUUAUCAAACACCUGGCUUUCAUUGAUCUUGGUAAUUCUAUUGUCAUUUGUCCCAAAAUGCUGGUAAAUUUUGUUGUGAAUCAAAAUACCAUUUCAUAUUAUGCAUGUGCCACACAGUUGGCCUUCUUUCUUAUGUUUAUUAUCAGUGAAUUUUUCAUCUUGUCAGCCAUGGCCUAUGACCGCUAUUCGGCCAUCUCUAACCCUUUGCUCUACAAUGUCAUCAUAUCCCAGAGACGUUGUCAUGUGCUGGUGGGCAUUCCAUACCUCUACAGCACAUUUCAGGCCCUAAUGUUCACUAUUAAGAUGUUCACAUUGACCUUUUGCAGCUCUAAUGUCAUAAAGCAUUUCUACUGUGAUGAUCUUCCGUUACUUUUGCUCUGCUCAAAUGCACAAGAAAUACAAUUGUUGAUCAUACUAUUUUCAGCAUUUAAUUUGCUCUCUUCCCUGCUGGUAAUUUUAGUAUCCUACAUUCCCUUUCUGAUAGCCAUAUUUUGAAUGCAUUCUGCAGAGGGCAGGAAAAAAGCUUUUUCUACAUGUGGCUCUCAUUUGAUAGUGGUGGUUGUAUUCUAUGGGUCUCUACUAUUUAUGUACACACAGCCCAUAUCCACUCACUCCUUUGAUACUGAUAAAAUGGCCUCUGUUUUUUACACUUUAGUGAUCCCCAUGCUUAAUCCCUUGAUCUACAAUUUUAGGAACAAAGAAGUAAAAAAUACUUUCCACAGGGUCUUUAAGAAUCACUGCAAACUUUGUAUUUAA